AAGAGCCAGGCCAGGGCCGGGAGGGAGCAGGGCUGACAUCCUCUCCUCUCACAGAGCAGAGGCUUCUCCCGAAAGAGCCACACGUUCCUGCCCAAGGUCUUCCUCCGCAAGAUGUCAUCUGCGGGCGCCAGGGACAAGCCCGAGCUGCAGUUCCCAUUCUUCCAGGACGAGGCCACGGUGGCCACGCUGCACGAGUGCAAGACCCUCUUCAUCCUGCGCGGCCUUCCGGGCAGCGGCAAGUCCACGCUGGCACGGGCCAUCGUGGACAAGUACCGCGACGGCACCAAGGUGGUGUCGGCCGACACCUACAAGAUCACGCCUGGCCCGCGGGGCCCCUUCUCGGAGGAGUACAAGCGGCUGGACGAGGACCUGGCCGCCUACUGCCGCCGUGACGUCCGAGUGCUGGUGCUGGACGACACCAACCAUGAGCCCGAGCGGCUGCAGCAGCUCUUCGACCUGGCCGACCAAUACCAGUACCAGGUGCUGCUGGUGGAGCCCAAGACGGCGUGGCGGCUGGACUGUGCCCAGCUCAAAGAGAAGAACCAGUGGCAGCUGUCAGCCGACGACCUAAAGAAGCUCAAGCCCGGCCUGGAGAAGGACUUCCUGCCGCUCUACUUUGGCUGGUUCCUGACCAGGAAGAGCUCCGAGGCGCUUCGCAAGGCUGGCCAGGCCUUCCUGGAGGAGCUGGGGAGCCACAAGGCCUUCAAGAAGGAGCUGCGACACUUCCUCUCGGGGGAUGAGCCCCGGGAGAAGAUCGACCUGCUCACCUACUUUGGGAAGAGACCCCCAGGUGUGCUGCACUGCACCACCAAGUUCUGCAACCACGGAAAGGCACCGGGUGCUGACGAGUACGCGCAGCAGGAUGUGGUGAAGAAGUCCUACGGCAAGGCCUUCACGUUGACCAUCUCCGCCCUCUUUGUGACGCCCAAGACCGUGGGAGCCCGCGUGGAGCUGGGCGAGCAGGAGCUGCAGCUGUGGCCGGGCGACGUGGACAAGCUGUCCGUCUCCGACAACCUGCCCCGCGGCAGCCGCGCCCACAUCACCCUGGGCUGCGCGACCUCUGUGGAGCCAUUGCAGACGGGGAUCGACCUGCUGGAGAUCGUGCGGCAGGAGAAGGGGGGCAGCCGGGGCGAGGAGGUGGGCGAGCUGCCCCGCGGGAAGCUCCUCUCCCUGGGCAGCGGGCGCUGGGUGCUGAGCCUGGCCAAGAAGGUGGAAGCCAGGGCCAUCUUCACGGGCUACUAUGGGAAGGGCGAAGCGGUACCCACGCACGGAAGCCGGAAGGGGGGCGCCCUGCAGUCCUGCACACUGCUCUGAGGGUCCCCACACCCACUCCACCUUGUGUUUCCAGACCCUUUUUUUUACUUAAAGUUAACCUACUUGUAACUUUAAACCGUGUGAAGUAACCGCAGUCCGUGCCCAGCUGCCCCCUUCCUGCUAAUACUGGAGCCUCCGCAAGCCCGACCCCAGGUCCGUACCCACAGAUGCUGCCACACACAGCAGGGCCUGGAUGGGGCCUAGACCUGGGCCACGAUCACCCUGGCCCUGCAGGGUGCAGAAGGGGUUUCCCCUCCCGCCUCAUGUCUGCAGUCCGCCCCUUCCUGCGCACAAGUGGUAGCAGUUUGCUAGGCAGGGAAGGAAACGGAACCGAAAGCAGCAGCCUCGGCUGCAGUAGCCUCGGCCUCCCCCCGUGGCACCCCUGAGGCCUCCAGGUGUCCUGUGCAGGGCUGUGGCAGAAAGCACCUCGCCUACUGGGCCUAAGCCCAGGUGUGGGCCGUGGUCCCGGUAACGGGCCUUGCUAAUUGCUGUCAUCAGCGCAGUGCUGGGGUGCGAGUCACUGUCCCAUCCUGCCGGCCUUGGCGACUUGUAGACUGACAACAAAAUAAACUGUGUUAAUCCCA